AUGUGGUGGUACAUCAAUGGAGGAAUGAAUGCGAGAAGAUUCAUAUCCUCUUCUGCUAGGGGCUUUCGAUGGUGGGACCAUGUGAGAAUCGCAGAAAAGGACCCUAUUGUUCGGGUGAAGGAAGCUUUUCGUGCUGACCCCUUUCCCCACAAGAUCAAUCUUGGAGUGGGGACUUACAGGGAUGAUGAAGGGAAACCUUUUGUUCUCCAAUCUGUUCGUGAAGCAGAAGCUAAGAUUAAGGGAUGUAAAUUCGAGGAAUUAAGCUCUUCUGCAGUCAGUUCAAAGUUUGUUCUGGAGAGUGUGAAAUUGGCAUAUGGGAAUGAUUCACAUAUUGUCAGAGAAGACUUAUUUGCUGGAGUUCCAGCUCUUUCUGGAACGGGUGCAUGCCGGCUCUUUGCUGAAUUCCAGAGGAAUUUCUAUCCUGAUUCACAAAUUUAUCUACCAAAUCCAACCUGGUCAAACCACCACAACAUAUGGAGACAGGCUGGAAUUCCAGUCAAAAUGUUUCACUACUACCAUGCUGAUACAAAAGGUUUAGACUUUUCAGCGCUCAUGGAUGAUGUGAAGAAUGCACCAGAUGGUUCAUUCUUCUUGCUUCAUCCCUGUGCUCACAAUCCAACUGGUGUUGACCCAACUGAGGAACAAUGGAGAGAAAUCUCAUGCGAAUUCAAGGCAAAACAUCAUUUUCCCUUUUUCGACAUGUCUUAUCAAGGUUUGGCAAGUGGGGAUCUAGAAAAGGAUGCUAAGGCGCUACGGAUUUUUUUUGAAGACGGACAUUUAAUAGGCUGUGCUCAAUCAUUUGCUAAGAUUAUGGCAUUAUUUGGGCACAAAGUUGGUUGUCUUAGUGUUUUGUGCACCGAUAAAGAGCAAUCUGCUGCUAUGAAAAGCCAGUUGGAGAAGAUUUCACUUGCAAUGCAUAGCAACCUCCCCAUGCAUGGUCUAUUAUUGGUUACAAUGAUCUUACAUGAUCCAGACAUGAAAGCAGUUUGGAGGAAAGAGUUGAAGGAUAUGGCCAAUCGGAUUCAAACAAUGCGAUCUACCUUGCGUGAGAGUCUUGAGAACUUGGAUUGUUCUCUCAAGUGGGAGCAUAUAACUAAGCAGGUUGGCAUGUUCAGCCUUUUAGGAUUAUCCCCUGAUCAGGUUAAACAACUGGAGAAGGAUUUCCAUAUCUACAUGACUCCAGAUGGUCGCGUAAGCAUGGCAGGUGUGACCAAGAGCAAUGUUAAAUAUGUGGCAAACGCAAUACAUCAAGUUACCAGAAUGGACGAAGAAGUCUUGUGCGAUAGCAACUCCAGGAUCAAUAAUAACUCUUUCCAGUUUGGAUUCUCUUGAUUUUAGGUGAGAGAAUCCAAAGGCAGUACACAUAGGAAAUACAAGGCUUAUGGUUUACAAACAUGCCAGAAAGCAUCAUCACUAAAUUAUUAUUACUAUGGUAGUGAUUGUAAGUAAAUAAAUUCAUUACAGUAGAAUGAACAGCUACAUUAAGGAAGAUGAACUAUCACGUUUACUGAUUGAUCAGGGUAACUCGUCACAGUCCAAAUGGAAUUGGAUUCCAUUCACCAGACCUAAUCCUUGUUGUUUCCUUCUUGUACUUUUGAUACAUGUAAAAGGUAACCUGUAAAAUAUUUGUCAUGAAGAAUCGAGCUCAAUAAAUGAAAAGGAAAAACUGGAGAUGUGCCUUCAGAUUUGGAUAUUUUAUU